AUGCGCCUCAGAUCUAUCAACUCCGAAGAUCGCGGAAGUACCCUAUAUGUGUUUGAGGACGGGGAACCGGUGAAUCCAGGCAAGCCAUCGGUGCUUGGGCGUAGAUCAUACAUCGACGACAUCCUGAUCCCAGCCAAUAACUGGGAUCAACUAUAUGAUCGAGUUGAGGUUUACUCGAAGCGUAACCUGUCGAUCAGUUUGGUUAAGCGUUUCUGGGGAAUGUCUAAGAUGGUCUAUCUCGACCAUAGGGUCUCCCACAAUGGACUGGAGGUGAAUCCGAGGGAUCUGUCGGCAUUGACUGACCUAGCAUUUCCAGGAUCACUAAGAGCCAUGCAGUCAUUUUUGGGAAGUCUGAACUACUACAGCCGGUUUAUCGAAGAGUACGCGAUCUAUGCGUAA